AUGACCGAAAAGUUACCAUCAACGGUAUUGGCAUUGUUUGCUCCUAGGCCUCCUUUAAGGUACUUACCGCCUUCAGAUGCUGCGCCAGAAAAACGGUCUACUCCUCACCUUUCUGGAGUAGCAAAAUAUUUACAAUUAGCAAAAUCAUACAAUGAUAAUUAUCAGCCUACGGAAACUCUUGAAGAGAGAAGAGUUCGUCGUAAAGAAGAAAAGAAAUUAGAACAACGUGAGAAAUUACGGUCCAUGAUACGACAAUGGAAACCUGAUGAUGACCGACAUGUUAUUGGUGAUCCUUAUAAAACUAUGUUUUUAGGAAGAUUAAACUAUGAUACCAGGGAAGGAGACAUUGAAAAAGAAUUUAUACAUUAUGGUCCAAUUGAGAGAAUUCGCGUCGUCAGAGACAAAGCCACUGGUAAGUCAAGGGGGUAUGCCUUUGUAGUAUUUGAACGAGAACGUGACCUGAAGGCUGCUUAUCGCGCUGCUGAGGGGUUAAUAUUACAAGGAAGAAGGAUUGUCGUUGAUGUUGAACGUGGUCGGACUGUGAAAGGUUGGUUGCCUCGAAAAUUAGGCGGUGGUUUAGGCGGUAGACAUUAUACUAAAGAGCGUCCCCCUCGUGAACGGAGCUCAAGAUAUAGAGGGGAUACUGGUUUUCGUGGUGGCUAUCGUGGUUUUCGCGGUGGUCCUCCUCCCGGGGGCUCCUCGUUGUCUUCGAGAAUGUCAGGAUCUCGUUCUUCUCGUACAGCAGGUUUGGGUUAUGACAGGCGUGAUUCUUUUCCAAAGCGCAGGAGGUACCAAUAA